CACUGCACUUGUUCAUCAUUUCGAUUCAAGAAAUUCUAUUCAAACUUGCUGCGAUAAUAAAGUCAACGUAUUGAUGUGAAAAAUUGACAAUAAUUUUGAAGAAUACAGAGUGUGGUGGAUGAUAAAAAAAGAAAUCAUGUGCUGAAGAAAAAUUAGACAAGAAUUUAUUUGACAAUUCAAGGAAAAAUAUUUGAUCUGAAAUGGCUACAGGAAAUGUUUUCUGGACUGAUCCUUAUGCUGAACCUAAAGAAUUACAGCGUUUUGUCUUACCUACUGCUCCACGAUCUGCGAGGGCUGGUAAUAUUGAUAUAUCUUCCAUACCUAAGGGUCCACCAUACACAGCUUUUCUUGGUAAUUUACCAUACGAUGUGGACGAAGAUGAUAUUUUUCACUUUUUCCAAAGUGUACAGGUGAAAGAUGUUCGUUUGCCUCGAGAAUCAGGAAAUGGAAGGUUGAAGGGUUUUGGUAAUGCAGAGUUUGAUGAAAUGCAUGUUUUUUUAAAAGCUUUGGAAUUUGAUGAUCGGACUUUAAAGGGAAGGCGUAUUCGUGUUGAUGUGGCUGGACAAAGUCAGGGCACUGGUUUUCAAUAUGAUUCUCAACUUUCAACAUCAUCUUCUACAAACGAGUGCUCUGCAGAGCUAUAUUCUGACGACGAUACACAAAGUGUUGUUAGCUCCGUGUGCUUUGAUAGCGAUGAUAAUGUUGACGAUGAUGACGAUGGAAAGCAAAAACAACUACAAAAGAAAGUUAAAAUAAAAAAGGAAAUUGUUAAAUUUAUAUCAAAGCGAAACGCUUUCUCUUUACAGCUACGAGAAAAACUAAAAACAUUGUCAGCUGAUGUUGAACUGUACCCCCAAAAAGUCUGAUUGUUGUGACAAAGAAACCUGGUUCUAAGUUUAUCAAGAACUGGGGUAAUUGUUCUGCCAGUAUGGUUAGAACGUUUUGUGAUCGUUUUGCAAAAACGUGUUUGGAUAUCAAAGAUUCGGGACGUUUGCGGAAAGAUUUGCCAAAACUUGGUGGUAAAUUGCGUUCUACCUAUGCUGCUUACUGGAUUGAAGAUGGUAAUAAAAAGUUGGCUGUGAUGACUGAACGUGGCGAAUUAGAACAUGUUCUGGAUAUUGUGAGAACCUUUCUUAAAAACAAAAGUUUUUUGGUCCUGGAGGAAAAAUCUCUUGAAGAUGUUUCGCAGUCCAGAGAUUUGGUCCUCAAAAUUGACAAUGAUGUAGUAAAGUUUCUGAAAA